AACCUUCUCAUUCACUUCUGACUUCUUAAAGUUACCAUUUAUUCAGUUACCAAUUUACCACCAGCUAGUCUCUCUAACAAUGGCAAGAAAUCUGCCUCAGUCUCCCUAUGAGAAGACCUCAAUUGACCAGUUGGCCUUGGCUAAGCACUGCUCUCGCGAGGGUGUAAAAGCAGGAGCUAAGGCAGCUGUUGUUGCUACCAUUGCCACAGCCAUUCCAACACUGGCUAGUGUGAGGAUGCUGCCUUGGGCAAGAGCCAAUCUCAACCCCACUGCUCAGGCCCUCAUAAUCUCCACAGUGGCUGGAAUGGCAUACUUCAUCGUGGCUGACAAGACUGUUUUGGCAACGGCAAGAAGGAACUCAUUCAAUCAAGUGGCUCACCAUGAAGCAUGAGUCCAUCACUAACUAGGGUUUAAGUUCCUGUUGUCAUAUGGUUUGCUAGAUGAACCCAUCAUCUUGAAUAUAAAUAAUAAAUAGAGAUGGGUUUUCAAUCUUGUAGCAUUUUAUUUAUGUACUAAAUUUCGGGUUUUCAAUCUUAAUGAAAUUGUGGAUAGAAACUGAA